AUGCUUGAAAGCUAUGAGACGGUCGACUUCAAGACUAUUCAACAGCACACUCGAACAUCACUUGAUUGCAACAUGUUCCGAUUCCCUUCUCCGGCUCACAACAACACCGACCACCAACAUCAUCGCAGCUCACCACCACAAGUGACCAACUCCUCACGAGUCAACACCGAGACGCCGACUAUGAAGUGCGAAAGCGAAGAGCCGUCCUCGUCCACGGCAGACCAAAACGAUUUUCCACUCCCAAAUUCGUUUUCGUGCUCACAAAGAAAAUCACACCAGCGCACCAAAGCCAUGUGGGACGCUGCUGUCUCCGCGAUAAACGCCUAUCUACAAACUGAUGAGGACUAUGUUACCAGUGAGGAAAAGAAGGCAUUUUCAUCCACAAUCGAACAGCUGCGAAUUUCAGCUGAGCGACUGGUCUCCACGCUUCAGCAGCCCCUAUCGCCCACGCACGGCCACACAGAUGAGAAUCUGGACCAGUCAAGAGAGAUAGAGAAGCCAGGCCACGAAGAGAGCGUAUCCGAAGAGCGGAUGGUGGAUCUGGAGUGGGCACUCGAACAGGAAAGACGCAAGCGCAAACACCUUCAAGAGGACUUCGAGACCUUCCGAAGUAACAUGGCAAAUGUUCUGACUGAGCAUGCUCAGGACAUUGCCGAGCUCAGAUCCUCCCUUGUGCCACAGAAAAGGAAGGCAGUCUCAAGUCGUACAGUAUCUGCGGCGUACACCGCAGUGGAGUCCACUGACCUUGACACUGCGAACCCAGAGCCGCAUCGCCUCAAAAGACUCAAUAUAGAGGGCCUCAAUCUGGACUCCUUCUCCUGGGACCUGACACUGGACCGUACCCAGCUCAUUGAUCCCGCUGACGGCUUUGUGUAUCUGCUUCCAGAUUACCCGGACCUCAAAGCGAUGGUCCUGAACACUGUCAAGAAUCUUGCCCCGAAACCCCUGUCAAACCGUGCAAGCAGCCACAAAGGCUUGUGGCAAUGCUUAGGCACACGAGUCAAAGGGGACGGCGGUGUCAACAGAGGCACUUACGUUCCACCCAAGGAGGCUUGCGUCAAGUGUGCUACUGCGAGACGGUUCUGUAUCAUGUUCAACAUUGGCACUGCGCCGGUCAAUGCUGAGACGUGGUUGCUGCCGUUGCCUGGGGUGUUGAGGGGAGAUUGCGGACUCGGGGAGGAAGGGUACUUUAGGAUGGUUGCGGCGUGA